AUGCGCCUCCCGCAUGUGGCAAUCAGUCUGCUCUGCGCGCUGUCAUGCGCGGAGCAGCUGGGCAGGAGGCCGGCACUGCAAGCUCGACAGGACAAUGUACCGACAACCACCGACGGUGUGGCGAGCACGACUCCUCCGGACCAAAGCAUAGAAACAUCGACUCCCACGAUAUCGCCAACUAGGACACGCGAGACGGAAAGUGUCCCGACUACGACGCAGAUAUCUGGAGAUGGAGAAGUGACUUCUGCCAUCACUGCUGUUCCUAUUCCCACGUCAACUGCGACCAACAGUACGUCGAACGGCACGAUUCCGAAUGGCUCAGAUUCCGAUUCGAACCAGCUUCCGAUCAAACCUGUCAUCACCCCUGCGCUCGGUGUCGCUGGUGCUCUCCUCAUGAUAUCGGGAUUGGUCCUGGCUUUGGUGGGCAUCAAACACCGGCCAACACAGACCUUCCUCAGCACGUCUUUGUUGAUUGCGCUGAGUAUCGAGGUUCUGAUCAUAUACCUCAUGCGGCCGCCCGUCUCCAAUACCGUUCAAGGAGCCUAUGUCAUCGCGGGAGCUCUGGGAGGAUGUGCAUUAGGAGCGCUCGCAUUGAUCUUCAGGGAGGUAUCAGAAGGGUUCGGUUGUCUGCUUGGAGGGUUCUGCUUGGCCAUGUGGCUUCUGGUCUUGUCGCCGGGAGGAGUCAUCAAGAACCACGUUGGCAAGAUCAUCAUGAUCGGACUGUUCUGCGCGGCCGCUUCUUCACUGUAUAUCAGCCGCUUUACGCGAGUCUAUGGCAUCAUUGCCUGUACAGCGUUCGCGGGAGCGACUGCGUUCAUCAUCGGUCUUGAUUGUUUCAGCAGGGCGGGUCUGAAAGAGUUCUGGAUGUACAUCUGGGAUGUCAACUCGGAUGUAUUCCCUCUCUUCACAGAUACAUAUCCCAUCAAUCGGAACAUGCGUGCCGAGAUCGCA